AUGGAUUCUGGAGUAAAGAGACUUCGUCUUUCUGAAGAGACCGAUGAGUCUUGCGCACAUCUCGUCAGUUUUUAUACUUCGUCUUGGUUAUCUCACAGUGCAGCGCCUAUAGAUAAACCUUGCAUAGCUUUCUCAUACGACUUGAUUGCUUUCUUGACUGCCACACAAUGGCGUCAUAUCGAUAUCCUGCCUAUCACAUGGCAGCCUGCACUUGAGACUGCUGGUAGAGGUGCUACUGCAGAGAUCCAGCAGUCAAUUAUCAACAUAGCCUCGAGCUUCGUCUUCAAGCGUUACUUCACCUCAACAGACCCAAAGGAGGUCACUGACUGCUUCUCCCACACCACGUCUGAGCUUUGUAUUCUUGGGCAUCCAUCCAUCAGAGAACAUCCUAACAUCGUAAAGCUUCAAGGCGUAUGCUGGGAUGUUGUUUCCGAGAACCAAGUCUUUCCUGUCUUGGUAUUUGAAAAGGCAGAGCAUGGGAAUCUUCUCCAGUUCAUGGUCUCUGCCGAGGCGCGAGCUUUGACAUCCGAACAGUGCUUGAAAUUGAUCGCGGACGUUGCAAACGCUGUUGUUACCAUGCACUCCUGUGAUAUUGUUCAUGGUGACCUGAAACCUGAAAACAUACUAGUCAGGUCCGACAAAGCUAUGGGCUUCCGUGCAGAAGUAUGCGAUUUUGGAUACUCUUGUUUUGGCGCCAGUGAAAGUCUGUUCCGGCUACCGAGCUCAUGGCCUUGGACAGCGCCUGAGUGGCACAAUCGAGGUUUUCGUCUAUCGUCCGCCAAAAAGACAGAUACGUAUUCGCUAGGACUAAUAUGCUUGUGGCUGCUCCGCUUGCAUGACGACAUGAAACAUGACAAGUCAGCUUCUAUACUCAACCAAGAGCUUGACAUGAGUAGAGUCCCUCCUGCCGAUAAGCCAGGCUACCAGUGGGUAGAAACUACGAGAGUUGUCGACCAGACCCAUGAAAUCUUGGAUGAAUGUCUAAAGAAAGUCGACGAUCUUGGCGAGUGUCAAAUAGAUAGUCUAAGGACAUUUCUCUUGACCGCUUUGGACAACGAGCCGAGUGAGCGCGCUUUGGUGAUUGAGGAAUUACCGCACCGAGACCAGUCGCAGUCAACUUUGUGCGCUCCAGAGUUUGGGGAUUUUGAACGAUUUUUCGUGAAGACGUUCUUUCAGAUCAACAACAAUAUUGAACAAUUAAUAGGCUCACACAUAAGUGUGCGGAGCUCAAUUGCUCGAUACCUUGAGGUGUGGACUGUGGCUCCAGGUCUGAAUGAGUUGAAAGAAAGGGCCAGUCUUCAAUUUGCGAUUUGCCUAGAGAUUGGAUUUGGUGUACCACAGGAUUCAAAGAAAAGCGCUUCGCUGUUAUCAAAUUUUGGAUUCAGCUCUGAAUCUGUGGAGGCACAUUUGGCUCCCAUACAUCAGAGAACAAUAUUCGCCUGGAAGAGCCCCUCAAUCCUGUCCAUGGCCAACAAAGGGUUUCUUGAAGAAAUGAGGUACCCGUAUGAAUAUCGCAAGAUUAUGCCGCAGGAGUCAAUUGAGAGAACGUAUCAAAGAGAGCUUGAGGACAUGGGUCGAGUAUUUCGGCGUACCCAUCCGAUUGUCACUUCACUUAGCAUGCAAUUAGCCUCUGUCUUUCGCAUCGCAGGCAGACUGACGGACGCACGUACUCUACUGAUCCAGCUCAUUGGAAAAAUGGAGGCUGAGACUAAUUUUCCGGUCUCUGGAGUGGUACUUGACAAUGCCCGUGCAGAUCUAGCUCUUGUAGCCCAGAAUCAGGGUGAUUACAAGUCAGCAAAGCAAAUAGCAAUGUCUGUAAUAGAAGUGAGAAACAAGUCGUUCGGACCUGCGCAUCCUCACACAUUGAACAUCAAAGACACUCUCGCGACAAUAUAUCUUAAGGAAGGUGACUACAGCCUAGCUGGAGAGUUAUUCAAGGAUUGUCUGGACAUCAAAACCCACGCGUACGGCUCAGAACACCCCGAAACGUUGGGUAGUGCCGGAAAUUUGGCACAAUUACUUCUUUCGCAAGGCGCCUUGAAUGAUGCUGAAGACCUAGCCUCCAAGGUGUAUCACGGGUUUGAAAAGAUAUUGGGAGCUUCGAAUAUCAGCACAUUAAUUAGUGCCGGUAAUCUGGCAGCCUGUCUACGCUCAAUGGGCAAGUACGAAGAAGCGCGAGCGCUGUACGAAAAAGUUCUAGGCCUAAGUGAGCGGCAUAAUGGGGCUUCGCACCCCUCGACGCUAAACAUAAUGAGCAACCUAGCCCUUUUACAUUUAGACUUUGAUCACUUUGAUGCCGCGGAGAACCUGCUCAAACAAGUCAUUUCAGAGCGAGAAACUUCGCUGGGUCGAAAGCACCCUAGCACUCAGCUCAGCAUUAACAGUCUAGCAUGCGUAAUGAGACGGCAACACGACCUUGUGUCAGCAGAAGAACUGUAUCAGGAAGUAUUUGAGAGCAGUCAGGAAGCGCUUGGAAAAGAGCAUCCUCACAGAGUUAUCAUAGCCAACAAUCUUGCUUUAAUUUACCAAGAGCAGCACAAAUAUGAGCAAGCUGAGAAAUUAUAUCAAUGGGCGUACGAUGUCAACAAGAACCGCGUCGGUGGGAGCCAUCCCACAACACUCAAAAUUCUUUCGAAUAUCGCCGGCGCUAAGUCCAAACAGGGUAAGAUGGCUGAAGCCGAAAGUACCUACCAGCAUCUCCUAUCCCAGGGAAUGGAAGUCUUGGGCCCAGCGCAUCCCGAGACGAUUGCAAGGAUGGGCAACCUAGCAGCCUUGAUGAGGGAGCAAGGUAAAUUUGAGGAAGCCGAAUCCAUAAAUCGAAAAGUAUUGGACGCAAAAAUCCAGCGCUAUGGCCGCAACCACAGUUCGGUUCUGACGACCGUCAGCAAUCUUGCGAAUCUUCUGCUUGCGCGUGAGGAAUGGGCAGCUGCGGAGGAGAUGGCGUUGUGGGCCCGGGACGGGCGACGCGAAGUACUCGGCGAGAGGCAUCCGGCCACUAUUGACAGUGGCAUGAUUUUGAGGAUGGCUCGAAACGCUAGGAGGAAGUGA